AUGGAGAUUAUGGAAAGUAUCAGUGAAAGGGGCCAAAAAUUAUUAAUAGUCGAACAAUUGAUAUUGGUGGCAUUAACACCAGACAACAAAGAGAUACUUUGCAUCAAGCCACCAAAAGGUAAAACACUUGGUGCAACUUAUUCACCUAAAAGUUUAGAUCAUUUACCAGUAGCUAAAGAAAAUAUUUUAUUCUUAUACGCUAUAUCAGGAUGUGAUACAACAUCUGCGUUCUAUGGAAAAGGAAAGACUAAACUAGCCGAAAUAUUAAAAAAAUCUACAGAAUUAGAAGAUGCUGGAAAUUGUUUAAACAACCUGUUGCUCAUCUACACGACCUUAUUAUAA